CUGUCCGGGGAGCAGCCGGCCAGCAAGCUCGCCGAGCGCUGCUCGAGGCGCUGGCUUCGGGAGCUCGGGUCCUGAGCAUGAAGGGCGCCAAAGGCAUCGAGAACCCGGCAUUCGUCCCCUGCAGCCCGGACGCCCCGCGCCGCUCGUCCGCGUCGCCCUCCCAGGUCGAGGUCUCCCCGGAACGGACAGAGGACUCGCAGCCCCGGGAACCUCAGGAGCUCCAGAAGGCCCCCGAGCCGCCGCUGCCUUCGGCCCCUUCCCCAGUUCCCCUCGCGCAGCCCGGGUCCCAGUCGAGGUCGGAGUGCGAGGAGGGGCUUUUCGGGUGGCGGAGCUUCCACCCGCGCUGCCUGCAGCGCUGCAACACGCCCGCGGGCUUCCUGCUGCACUACUGCCUCCUGGCCGUCACACAAGGUAUUGUAGUAAAUGGCCUGGUGAAUAUUAGCAUUUCCACUAUUGAGAAGCGCUAUGAAAUAAAGAGUUCCCUGACUGGCCUUAUAUCAUCAAGCUACGAUAUCUCAUUCUGUUUGCUGUCUUUAUUUGUAUCAUUCUUUGGUGAAGGAGGACACAAACCAAGAUGGCUUGCAUUUGCAUCCUUUAUGAUAGGACUGGGAGCACUUGUAUUUUCUUUGCCACAAUUUUUCAGUGGAGAAUAUCAACUGGGGUCCAUUUUUGAAGGCACUUGCUUAACAAGAAAUAGUAGCACCAGCUGUACCUCUUCAAGAUCUUUGCUUUCUAACUACCUGUAUGUCUUCAUUCUGGGGCAACUGCUGCUGGGGGUCGGAGGCACCCCUCUCUACACCCUGGGCACAGCCUUCAUUGAUGAGUCAGUGCCUAUGCACAAAGCGUCUCUCUAUAUAGGAAUUGGCUAUUCUAUGUCACUCUUUGGCCCUGCCAUUGGCUAUGUAUUGGGAGGACAACUGUUAAACAUAUACAUCGAUGUUGCUGUAGGACAGAGCGCUGAUGUCACUAGAGAUGACCCGCGGUGGCUGGGGGCGUGGUGGAUUGCAUUUCUUGGGAUCUGGCUCUUUGCUUGGUCUUUAAUGAUACCUUUCUCUUGCUUUCCAAAACAUUUACCAGGUACAGCCAAAAUUCAAGCUGGAAAAAUUUCCCAGACUCAUCAGAGUAAAAGUAGUUCCUUGCCACACAUAGAUGAUUUGGGGCAAAGUAUUAAAGAUUUUCCAGUGGCUCUAAAGAAUUUGAUGAGGAAUACUGUCUUUAUAUGUUUAGUUCUAUCAACUUCUUCAGAAGGCUUAAUUACUACUGGAUUUGCUACAUUUUUACCUAAAUUUAUAGAAAAUCAAUUUGGACUGACAUCCAGCUUUGCAGCUACCAUUGGAGGAGCCGUUUUAAUUCCUGGAGCUGCCCUUGGUCAGGUUCUAGGUGGUGUCAUUGUUUCAAAAUUCAAAAUGACAUGUAAAAAUGCCAUGAAGUUUGCCUUAGUCUCUUCAGGAGUUGCACUUGUGCUGACUUUAAUACUCAUUUGUGCCAAAUGUGAAAAUGAGCCAUUUGCAGGCAUCUCUGAGUCAUAUAAUGGGACAGGAGAACUGGGAAACUUAACAGCCCCUUGUAAUGCCAACUGUAGCUGUUUGCGAUCUUAUUAUUAUCCACUGUGUGGAGGAGAUGGAGUCCAAUAUUUUUCUCCCUGCUUUGCAGGUUGUUUAAACUAUGUUUCAAACAGUAAACCAAAGAUAUAUUACAACUGUUCCUGUAUUGAAAGGAAGACAGAGAUAACAUCUGCAGAAAGUGUGGGCUUUGAAGCUAGAGCUGGAAAAUGUGAAACUCACUGUGCAAAUUUGCCCAUAUUCCUUGGCAUUUUUUCUAUUACAGUGAUUUUUACCUUUAUGGCUGGUACUCCUAUAACUGUAUCCAUAUUGAGGUGUGUUGAUCAGAGGCAACGGUCUCUAGCAUUGGGAGUACAGUUCAUGUUGCUUCGAUUGCUGGGUGCAAUACCUGGACCGGUUAUAUUUGGUGCCACAAUCGACAACACGUGUACACUGUGGGACAUUAAUGAAUGUGGAAUUAAAGGUGCUUGCUGGGUCUAUGAUAACAUCAAGAUGGCCCAUAUGCUCGUAGCCAUAAGUGUUACUUGUAAAAUUAUCACUAUUUUCUUCAACGGACUUGCAGUCUUUUUGUACAAACCACCGCCACUAGGCACUGAGGUGUCCUUUCAAAAUCAGGAUACAGAUGUGACUACUGUUUCAAUAGAACAAGAUCUCAACAAAACAGUUAAUAAUGGGUGAAAGAGAAGAAGAAAAUUAUCUUACAACUGGAAAAAUCUAUCUUCAUUUCUGAGCACAUAAUGCCAUUACAGCACUAUCUACCCAAUAUGGACAAUAUUUUAAAACGUGAUGUUUUAUAACUGAGUGUGUUUGUUGCAUGUACAUGGAGUUUUGUUUUUGUUUUAAUGUAAGAAACAGACCUGUGCCUUCAAAGCCCAUCAAAGCUUCAAAUCACACAUGCUCACUUUUUCCACUUGUUAGAUAUGAAAUCACCAACUAAUAAUAUGAAAAACAGCCAACAAUUAGUUGAAUGUUUACAUUUUAAAAACAUAGUGAGAAAAAAUUUUAAAAGAGUGAUGUUAUAUCUGUUUGACAAUUUGUUACAUUUUAAUUUUCAUUUUCAACAGUUUGAGUUUAUUUGAAAAUUUAUCGUGUAAAAAUUUAAACAUUAAAUUUAUGUGAUAUUUUAUGGGAAUUAUUAUAAAAAGGCCAUAAAUUUAAAGGCAGCUUUAUAAAGUAGUUUGUUUUUAAGUUAUACAUACUAGUUUGAACUUUAUUUAUCACAGUAAAUUAUUGAAUGAUUAAAAUACUGGUUAGUUAUCUUCUUUGUGUUCCAAUGUACAGUGAAUACAGAAAUACCAGCAUUGAAUAAACUGUUUUCCCUUUAAGUUAAGAAUUUCAGAAGGUAAUUUGUUGAGUUUUUAACACUUGAUUUUUAUGAGUCCGUGAUAGUAUUAUUCCAUUGCAUAUAUCGCAGAGGAAAGACCUGCUUCAGUAAUAAAAAGUGCCAAUGAUAUAUGAAAAGCGGGCUGGGAGUAUAUAUAUAUAUCUCAGUGGUAGAACUCAGUUUAUAACUCCAUUUAUUUGGGUCAGAUUUAUAUCAUGUUCAUUCAGACUGUGGAGGAAGUAGCUGUGAACAUCAACAAAAACAACUUUUACUAUUGUUAAGAAUUUUACAGAUUGAGAAAAGCAUUGAAGGGCUAGGGGUGUUGUUCAGUAGUAAAGCACGACCUACCUUUUGUGCUUGAGGCCCUGACUUCUUAAACUUGUGGUGGGGGAGAAAAGUUUUGAAGUUUAAACCUAGAAGUGAUUACAUUUGAAUGUUUUUCCAAAUUAAAGAUUCUAAUUGAAUAAGACUUGUUAGGUUUCCCCUAUCAAUCUUUUCCUGGGUUAGUUUUACAGACAGUUCUAUAUACACUUUGAUCAGGGUAGUACAAGCUGAGAGUAAAGACCUAGCAGAAAGUCAACAUGAGAAGCUGUAGAAGUUGGCAGAAUUCAUCUGUUUGGUGGUGAUCUAUGGCCAAGGAUCAUUCAAGAACCUAGUAACCGUAUGCACUGAGAAGGAAUCAGGAGUUAGAUAAGCAAGCACACUGGACUAUCAAAUGAGAGGACCUCUGGGUUGUAAUCAGAGGGCUAUAUCGCCUUAACUAGGAACAUUUAAACAACAAAAAUCAAAGGUGAAAGGUAGCCAGAAAUUCAGGUGUUUGAGAAACAAAAUGUCAGCAAUCAAAGGGAUGGGCAAGAUAAAUAGGAAGUGUUGCGAGUCUCCCUCCCACACAGCAAGGUAUUUUAAAUGCUUCCACCAGGUGGAGCCAAGACUAAAGGAGAAUUUAGACUUUCUGUGCUGUCUACUUGGAAGCAGGAGAUUCAGUGGAAGAAUUUCAUAGCCCUAAACUAAUGGCAAAUCCUGAGACCCUAACUGUUGAAAUGUGAAAUGAGAACAAACAAAGGAAACAGAGUAACUAUACAAACACACUAGUGUGGAACCACUUAAUUUUAAAGAGAAGAAAAAUAUCACCACACACGUAGAAGUAGUUUGAUAACAGGUUAAUAAAUAAUUGACUUUCAUAAAGAUUCUUAGUUAUCAAGGGCUACCCUGCAUUCAGUGUAUUCAGUUUUGUAAGAUGAUAUAUUUUUAUAAACUUUCAAUGAAAAUGUUAAAGAACAGUAAUUUUGACACUUAAAAGGCAUCUGAUUCUUAUUUAUACUAUACAUAUGUAGAAAAAAUACCUCAUUUCAUGAUAGGGUGAUACAGACAUUAUUAUAAUUUAAGAUCACCAUUUUUGCUUUGAGAUUCACCUAGGUCGGGGGUGGCGAACCUAUGCCACAGGUGCUGCAGUGGGCUGUUUGUUAUCAUUGAAAGCUUUAAAAGCUUCACCAUCACUGACCUAGGUUAUAUGUGUUGAAGUGCUACUUUAAGAAAAAAUUUUCAUAAUACUUGUUUUUCACAGUUUAUAAUGAUUAUAAUCAAUAAGUUUGAACUUAUGAGUUAAACUAUUAUGAUUUUGUAUAUAAUUGGAUAUAUUGUCUUAGAACUUGUAAUAGUUUGACUUCCUUAUUCCAAAAAAUACAAAUGUAAAAUUCUUAAAACAUGGAAAGAACUGUAUACAUUUUGCUAUGUAAAUUGGAAGAAACUAUAAAUAAAAUUUUAGACUAUUCAUGUUUGCUUUAUUGUAAGAAAUUUUGCCAUAUAUAUGUAAGUCUUUUAUUAAAUCAGAAUGUUUACAUUAGAACAAGCACCUUUAUUAAAUGACAGAUUUUGAAAUUUGGUUAUUUUCAGUUUGUAAAUAAAGCACACUUACGGAUGGGAAAGGGAAAUUAUACUUUUGAAGUUGAAUGUAAUUUAAUGAUUUUCAGUAUCUCAACAAAUGUAUUUAGUUAAAUAUAAGCUACAUUCAUUGUAAAAUAUGUAUUAGUUUUCUUUCACAUAUUAGUUUUUAUGUAUAACAGAUUGACACAUAAGAUUUAUAU